CUGGUACAAGCGCAAGGAUUUCCGCCCUCUCUCUCUCUCUCUCUCUCUCUCUCUCUCUACUUUGUUUGCUCGCUUUGUAGCUAACUUGCGCACGCGCCGCUGCUUAUCCUGCGCCGGGGUUGAGAUGCCGCCGGCAGCUGCUACUCCACUUAUUAGAAUCUCACGGUACAGAAGGACGGAGGAGUAGAAGGUCGGACGGUUAGGAUUGAGAGAUCGCUGCGACCCGCGGAAAUGGAGGGUCAGAAAAGCCAGUCGAAGCUUACAAGAACCCAAUCUUCACUUCUCCGGUCAUCGCCCACCGUCCGCUCCUCCAUCCACAGUCUCUCUUCUGUCGCAGAGGACGACCUGGUCACCGCCCGAGAAGAAGAUGAGGAACAAGACAAGAAGCCCCACAGGCGACCCCGUUCGACCAGGUUCAGCCCUGUUUUUGCCAUGGCUACUCUCAUUUUGUGUACGAUUUUCUUCUUUUUCUUCUUCCAUCUCAGAAGAGAAGAAAUACCCACUUCAGAGAACAUCUUGUUAGCUUUGAUUUUCAUCGCCGUGGCGCUUUUCUUCGCCGGUAAGAACAAGGGGUUUAUUCAUCAAAGUUUAGCGAUUUUUAAACAGUUUUGUAAUGAUCAUACCAAGAAAAUUGGAUUCUCGAAGACUAAUUCGAAAUCUGUGCAAUGGUUUAUUGGUGAAUCGGCGCCGCGAAAAGAGCGUAAAGAAACAAAAAUUGUACGCGAAGGGGUUGAGUUUUACAGUAAUGGGGAUUUCUACGAAGGGGAGUUUCACAAGGGAAGGUGUAAUGGAAGUGGGGUUUACAAUUAUUUUGUUAAUGGAAGAUACGAGGGUGAUUGGAUUGAUGGGAGGUACGAUGGAUAUGGAAUUGAGAGUUGGGCAAAAGGGAGUCGUUAUCGCGGUCAGUAUCGGCAAGGGUUGAGACAUGGAUUUGGGGUUUACAGGUUUUAUACGGGGGAUAGCUAUGCCGGGGAGUGGUGUAAUGGGCAGAGCCAUGGGGUUGGAGUGCAGACUUGUUCCGACGGGAGCUGUUACAUCGGAGAAUUUAAGUGCGGCGUCAAGCACGGUCUUGGGUGCUACCAUUUUAGAAAUGGAGAUAGAUAUGCUGGAGAAUAUUUUGGGGACAAAGUCCAUGGAUUUGGCGUUUAUCACUUCGCUAACGGCCAUCGUUAUGAAGGAUCGUGGCAUGAAGGCCGGAAGCAGGGUUAUGGCAUGUAUACAUUCCGAAGUGGUGAGACAAGAUGUGGUGAAUGGGACUCUGGCAACCUAAAGCACCCUCUACACCCAUUAACAGAUGCUGUCCUUCGGGCUGUUCAGGCUGCUAGAAAUACAUCAGAGAAUGCUAUACACCUUCGUCGAGUUGACGAGCAGGUAAACAAGGCUGUCAUGGCUGCAAAUAGGGCUGCCACUGCUGCUAGAGUUGCUGCCAUCAAAGCUGUUCAAAACAGGAUGGACGGGAGAUUUUGUGACACAUAUGGCUGACUUAAUAGGACUGCUACUGCUGCCAGAGUUGCUGCCAUCAACGUUGUUCAAAACAGGAUGGAAGGGAGAUUUUGUGACACAUACUGUCAGUGACAAGCAAGCUUUGCUUUUAAAUUGUAAAUUUACUGAUAGUUGAUGUGCGUGGUACCGAAUCACCCCGGUCAGCAAAAGCUCGCCAGAGGUUGAGAGAGCAUUUGAUGUUUGGUUGGUCACACUGUAACUUGUAUAUAAAUCCAUAUGUAUAUCAAUGGGGGAAGAGUUUUCAAGAGUUCUUUA